AUGGCCGAGGCAGUGUAUGCUGAAAUUCCCUGGUUCUCCAGUGCCUUCCUGUCACCACGCAGGCGAACAUUCUCCAUCAAUUCAUUGUCCGUGUUUAUGUUUCCGACACGAACCAACAACGACGUGGAAGGAUGGCACGACCGCUUGCAAGAUGCGUCAGAGUUCGGUUUCCAUGUGGCUGAUUAUGUUAUAUUCGCUGGGAUGAUCUCGUUCUCCAUAGGGAUAGGUGUGUAUUCCGCCUGUUCCGGUGGCGGACAGAAGACUACCUUGGAGUAUCUGGUCGGGAAUCGUCGACUGAGAAUGUUACCGGUCGCCAUCUCCCUUGUCGUUUCCUUCCAGUCGUCUAUACUGGUACUAGGCUACCCUGCUGAAGUUUACAUCUAUGGCGGAGAUCUCCUCUGGGAGAGUGUUGGGUUGAUGAUAGCCAUGUUAGUGUCCGCACGAGUAGUGGCGCCACUGUUUCACCCUCUCAAGCUGACAAGUGUAUUUGAGGGAGGACUCAAGGCGGUCGUGUGGACGGAUGUAUUACAAUGCCUCAUUAUGACGAUAGGCAUGAUCGCUGUCAUCAUAAAGGCCACAUUCGAUGUAGGGGAUUUUAGAAAGGUUUUGCGAAUCAACUACGAUAAUCUGCGGAUUAACUAUCUGAACUUUGAUCCUGAUCCGACGGUUCGGCAUACGUUUUGGUCACUGUGUGUCGGGUCAUCUAUUGGAUUGUUUGGAAUGUCUUUUAACCAGGCAACGGUACAGCGCAUUAGCUCUGUCAAGACAUUGUCUGAAGCUAAAAAAAUUCUCUAUUUCGCCGGUCCAGCAUUCUUUGUACUUGGCGCUAUUGUGAAUAUUGAAGGAAUGGUUACGUUUGCCUAUUUCAAUGUUGUUGGCUGUGAUCCUAUGGAGGCUGGUAUCAUUAGUAAUGCGAACCAGGUGGGUUUACUAGAGUUCAGCGUUGUUUGA